CUGAUGAUCAUGCCCCCCACCGAGUAUUUUUCCCACUCUAUUUCUUUACCACGUUGCACGGAUGAUAUUGAUAUUCAGAUACUCAGUUUCAGUACUAGAUAUCGAUAUUAUGGGUUUCAUCACAGCUUACCAUUUUUUUAUUCUUUUCAUUGCAAAAAGUACGACCAUGACAUUUUCACCAGAGAAUCUACGUAGAACAAGUCCUUGUCCUGCUCUCCUGCAUGACGGUUUUAUAUCCAUUUGUUUCGUUUUUGAUUCAUGACAGGCUUCGCUUUGUGUAGUCGUGUGUAGACGUAAUUCCUUGCGGCUCUGAUUGACAGUGCCUCCAGAGAUUGUUUUCCUAUCGAGCGGUAGGAACAACAAUCUCCACAAACAAAUUUCUUGUCAACGAUCAAAAAAGAAUGAGACUUUCACCCGCCGCAGGACCGGUUGGCUAUGAAGGCCAGCUGCAACCUCAAUGCGCCCCUGUGGGUGCACCCAUGG